CGUACCGUAGGACGGACAUACUGGGUGGAGCCUAUCGCUCUGCGCCUGUGCCGCUUUUUGCAUUGAGGAGAGAGGCUCGGAGACCGGGCGAGUGGUUGCACGGCUUUUGAGAGGAAGCGGAGUGUCUUGUUCACAAUGCUGACCACAAGGGACAAGUGGAAGAUUUACAAAAGUGUAUGCAUAACUUCCUUUGUCAUCGUGAUUGCUCUGAUGGUCCUGCAGAAGAACAUCAUUGCCAGCAGCAGUCAGCUGUUGGAAGGAGAUUUGUCAAGGUCAAGACAACAUUCUCAGGAUAUAGUUAAGACCCAGAAAAGAAACCUCUUCCGCAAGACAGAAAACUUUUGGAAAGUGGAGAAACCCGAGGAAAGCACAAAAGAGCUACAAGUGGUAAACGAGCACCACAGCAGGACCUGGGACGUGACCAGUUCCAAAUGUAAAGCUAAUUUGAACUUUACACGUAUGGUGUGGUUUUCAGGCCUCGAAGCCACUUUUAAACAGUUCUUGUUGUACAGACACUGUAGGUACUUCCCAAUGACAAUUAACCAUCCGGAAAAGUGCAGUGGGGAUAUAUACCUGUUGAUAGUAAUAAAGUCUGUCAUCACACAGCAUGAUCGCAGGGAGGUUAUUAGAAAAACUUGGGGCAAACAGAAAGAGGUAGAUGGCAAGAAAAUAAAAACACUCUUCCUGCUAGGGGCUCCCUCCAAAGAGGAGGAACGGGCCAACCACCAGAAGCUUUUGGAGUAUGAGGACUACAUUUUUGGGGACAUCUUGCAGUGGGACUUCCUCGACAGUUUCUUUAACCUUACCCUGAAAGAGGUGCACUUUUUGAAAUGGUUCUCCACUUACUGUCAGGAUGUGCAGUACAUUUUUAAGGGUGAUGAUGAUGUCUUUGUUAGCCCGGAUAACAUCUUAGAGUUUUUGCAGGGCAACACAGAGAAAAACCUUUUCACCGGGGAUGUCCUCUACAAAGCCAAACCAAUUAGAAGAAAAGACAACAAGUAUUAUAUCCCUCUGGCACUGUACAAUAAGACCCACUACCCCCCCUACGCAGGGGGUGGUGGAUUCCUCAUGAGCAGCUCUUUGGCCAGAAAGCUCUUUGUUGCGUCUGAAUCUCUGGAUUUGUAUCCUAUUGAUGAUGUGUUCCUUGGCAUGUGUCUGGAGGUGCUUCAUAUCACUCCAACAAAGCACGAUGGUUUCAAGACCUUUGGGAUUGUUAAGAACAAAAAAAGUAAGAUGAACAGGGAACCUUGUUUUUUCAAAAACAUGUUGGUGGUACACAAGUUGCUCCCAGCAGAACUGACUCAAAUGUGGAAUUUAGUGCAGAGCAGCCUUAAAUGCUCCAAUAAAGUAGAGAUUUUAUAGCGACCGUGAAACCAGGUGAAGGGGACCUAAAGGCAGAGCCGCUCAGAAAUACCGUACUGUGGAUUGAAUUUCAAGGAAAACUGUUAAUUUAUGGGAGAGAAUGGGACUUUAUUUAAAAAAAAUAUACUUUUCUUUGGGAUAUAAGUGCUUCUAUUAAUUUUAAGGGAUCAGUAUUCUUUUGCACAUUAUGGUUCAAAUAAAAAGAAAAAACAUAUCAUCGCAAAGAAUAUUAAAUGAAAGUGGCAAAUGACAGAACCUUAAGCCAUAUUGUCAGUUUGUCUUUCCUUCUAUUGUACAGUAUUGGAGAGUAUGCAGACCUAAAUAUGUUUUCGUUUUUUUGUUCGGGACUCCUCCAAAUGUUACAGGAAAAGCUGAUUCACUAAACAGAUAAAGUGUCAUUAUUUUUAAUGAUGAAUCAUUUGAAAUUUU